GGCUGACUGCUCUGCCGGCCGGAACCAUGACUGAAAGCAAUGAAAGGGAGUGGGCGGGGCAUGGCAAGAACACAGAGCAUGAAGAGUGAGCAACACACUGACUGAUUAGUGAGCUGCUAUAAAAGAGAGUGCUGGAGCUGCUGCUGGUGGUAUUAGCUUCAGCCGUCAGAGAGUCACACACUGAAGAGAAGAGACGUCUAAAGCUCUCACCUGAGGAAGUGAAGCACAAUAUUUUAAAGUUUGAAAUUUGAAACUUUGGCUUGACUUUGGAGAUUUACAGCAUCUUUCUGGCUGUACUCUGGACUCCUGGCUAUUUUUAUUCUGAGACUGACAGACUUUCUUAAACCAGGAUUGUUUUCCUUUCUGAUCUCGUUGGUUUGAAGACAAGGUCAUUUCAUCUUUCUCUGGGCAUCUUUUUGACCAAUGGCUGCUGUGCGUCAGAUGGUAAUGGAGGCGUCUGGUUUUCAUGCCUUACCAGCCCACCUAAUGGCCUCGGCCAUGGAGGAGUUCCCCCAACAACUCCCUGUACCUAAAGGCCCGGCUAAGGGCAAAAGCCGCGCCCGUCGACCUCGCGAGGCCCGAUUCAAAACCCAGCCUGUUACCUUUGCUGAGAUUGCAGAGGUAGAAGAAGAAGGUUCCUCGCCUAUGGAGGAGGAGAGGGCACGCCGCUCCUUCCUUCAGUCCCUGGAGAACUUGCGGCGCAGUACACAGACCCUCCACUGCCCAUCAACUGCCCACCACAGCUGCACACCCACACCCACGCAGACCAGCCAGGACUCCAGUGACUCCGACUCCACCCAGUGAGGACGGGGAAAUGCUCACGUUCUCUCGACAACGUUCCUUGCUUCACCUUGACGCCGCUUCAAAUGGAGGCCAACCCAACUGAACCAAACUGGCUUGUUUGCCAGCUUGUCUGUGUGUGUCUCUCUGUGUGUGUGUGCGUGUGUUAGCUGCUGCAUAGUUCUGCAAUUUAGAAUGCACUUCUACUAACAUAUCAACAGUAUGUGUAGGUUGAAGAUGCACUUGUAGCAUCUCUGUAAAAUCUCCCUGCCAGAGUACAAUUAUACUGACGAAGAAAUGAGUGUAGCAGACACAGCAGUGUGGAACACAGCACUCUUUAGAUGGAUUUGUUUUCUACAAUCUAAUGUGCAUGAGAAAAAAAAACUUGAAAGAUGGUUUGAUAUUUUUCCACUUUGAAAAUUUGUAAUUAUUUUUGUUUUAAUGCCGAUUUUUUUUUGUACUUCAGCAGUAUGAAUAAAAAGCACUGUAAUAAGAAAAUCCUAGGAUGAGAACUAACCACACUGUGAAUGCUUUCAGUGAGCAUCGAUAGUGACCUGGUCAUCACUGAAGGAGUAGACAUCACAAAGGCCUUCUUUAGUUUAGGGUUGUUUUUUUUCCAAAUAUACUGAAAUUCCUGCUUAUGCUUCUGUUCCAGAGAAAACAAUGUCUUUCUGAAUAUCCUUAAUUUAUUCUUUUACUUUGUUUAUAACCUUAUGGUCAUAGAUGUUUUAUUUUACUGCUCUUUCCUAUGGUUUUCUGUUUUUUUGAUUUUCCAAGGAAAUCAUACAUGUACUUUACAUUUGUGUAACUUUAUUCAAAAGAAAAUGUUUAAAAUGACUAUGCUGUGUACUUUAAUAAAUAUUUUCCAAC